ACCAGAGCCCAACAUCCCCUAACCCUAACUAGCCGCCGCGCGCGCCCACCCUGCUCCCAGCCAGCCGCCGCUCCCUGUUACCGCCGCCGCCCUCUGCUUCUCUUCCCCCCACCCAUCUCUCUCUCCCAGCCGGCUCUCUCUCUCUCCUCUCUUCUCCCUGCUUCAGCCGAUUCCAAGCCGCUGGACACCAGGACGCCGAGCAAGCCAGGCUGCCCAGCCGCGACCCCGAGCGCCCCUGCCCGACCGCGCCAAGCGCGCGACCCUGCGCGACGACCCGCCGCCCAGCGCACGACGCCCUGCAACCCGCGCGCCUCAAGCCGACCGAAGCCAGGAACCGACCAAGCCGCCAAGAUCCGAAGCGCCCGUGACCGUUCUUCUUCGCGAGUAAAGGAGCAUUUAGUCAUCCGGCAGCGACGAUCCUACAGGGGGCAAACACGAUCUCUGCCCCUCCUUCCCCAAAAUCAUCUCUCUCCCGAUCUUGGCCUCCCCAGAUUCACCACCUGCUCUCCUCUCCGGCUACGACCUUGGCUCAUCCUGAUUCGGACACGCAACAUGGUUUACCACUCUAGUUUCGCUGAUGAUGAUGGGAUCACAAAAGCUUGCAGCUGUCCUUUGCUUCCACUGAAAACUCAUAUCAAGGGCCCGGCACCAGCCUCUGACCCUGAUAAAGCGGACAUUGUUGAUGAAGCCAUAACUUUCUUUCGAGCCAAUGUUUUCUUCAAAAAUUUCCAUGUGAAAUGCUCAGCAGACAAGUUAUUGAUCUAUCUGACGUUUUAUAUCAAUAUUGCCUUAAAAAGACUAGAAGGUUGCCGGACACUAGCUGUUGGGACUAAAGCAAUCAUUAAUCUGGGAUUGGAGAAAGUUCCUGUACCUGGGGAACCAGGGUUUCCUUUCCCUGGACUUUUCACUCUUCCCCAGUCCCAGGAGGAAGCAGUAGGACUGAUUAAGUCUGCAAAACGACUGUACCCAUGGAUUCCAGUGAUAAAUUGACGAUUGCGCAUUCUGUGUCUGAAUGCAGAAUUGUUGAGGAAUUAUUUGAAGCAGAUAAGGGAGGAAACAAGUGGAAGAUUGCUCAACUGUGCAUACAGAGCUAAUGGCUUUCCAAACAAGUGGUGGUUGGCUUUUGCUAAGAGGAAGUUCAUGAACAUUGUCAUCCUUUAGACUUGGGCUUUUUGUACCAACUGGUUCAAGCUGUUUUUUCACUCAUGAUCGUGUGAAGUAUCCACACACAACAAAGAUAGUUAUCCUACAUCCCAAAGUAACAAGCCAAAGACUUCGAUGAUAGGAUAGAUGAAUGACAUAAGAUAAAUUAUUUGUUCCCAAUUUGCGAUGUAUAACCGUGGGAACAAUAAUUAUCAUGUUGUAUUGCCUUUUGUAAUUCUCACCCUGCUAUAUCAGAGAGACGAAACCUCAUACGGGGGUAUAUUUGUAUGAGUAUAUUCUACAAUGAUGUCUAAAACGAGACAGUUCAAAUGUUCUUACUA